AUAUCCCGACAGUACUUGAAGGCAGCAUCAGAGCCUGCCAGCUACUGUGCGGACGUCAGGGGCAAGAAGGAAGGAGAUGGCCGAUUAGAAGGCGACGUUACCUUUGGUACUUCGUUGGCGAGAUUCCUUUGACACAUCUUUCACCGCAUUUUAACAGCUGGAGUGGGAAGAGGACGCAUUAAAUAUUCGCUCCUCUUCCACAAUGGCAGAACAAAACAGCAACGUCAGAUAUCAAGAGCUGGUGAAUGAGGAGGAACCGGCUCAGCCAGCCCAGGUGGGUCCUGCUCAGGAUGCACCACCACCCUACAGCAGCAUCGCUGCAGCAAAUGCAGCUUUCUUUGAAUACAAGGAAGAUGGAGGAAGAUUUCCCAACCCUCCAUCCUACAGCGUUGCCACCACGUUGCCCUCCUAUGACGAAGCUGAGCGAAGCAAAGAGGAGGCAGCCAUCCCCCUGGUCACUGGCAGAGUCACGGAGGACGACUUUGUGGCCAGGGAUGACUUUGAAGACGCCGACCAGCUGCGAAUAGGAAAUGACGGCAUAUUCAUGCUCACUUUCUUCAUGGCAUUCCUCUUCAACUGGAUCGGCUUCUUCUUGUCGUUCUGUUUGACCACGUCAGCCGCCGGCCGAUAUGGGGCCAUCUCUGGCUUCGGCCUGUCCCUCAUCAAAUGGGUUCUUAUUGUCAGGUUUUCUACCUACUUCCCUGGUUACUUUGAUGGACAGUACUGGUUGUGGUGGGUGUUCCUGGCCCUGGGCUUCAUGCUGUUCGUCAGAGGCUUUGUUAACUACUCCAGGGUGCGUAAACUUGCUGAUCCCACCUAUGCUACUCUUCCCCGGACAAGGGUUCUCUUCAUCUAUUAGAGGGUGUUGGAUGGUGGAGAACUGGACGUGACCAACACAAGCAGCAACUCUGCGAAGAGUUUACAAAUUUUAAGUGGAGACACUUAACCAGAAAUCGGCCAGACGAGUUAUAGAUGAAGAGAACUCUCAAUAAAAUAUUCAGGAAUUAUAUCACUUGUUUUGAAACUUUAUUAAUGGAAAAUAGUUAACAAUUAUAUUCCCUUGAUGUACUCAUUAGUAGUGAAUGUUAAGUGCUAUGUACAUCUGUCUGUAAUGUAUGAGUAAUGCCUUAUAUCAUUUUGAUGGUAGCGAACGAGCAUGCAUCUGCCCUUAAGGUCAAUAAAUAGGGAGCGUCUCGCGGGUAUUAAUUAUUACAACUCUGUAGACGUGCCACAGCAUGCAACACAUUUUGUAAUGGGCAGUUAUCAUGGUUUUAUUGUGACUAUUAUAGGCUGUUUUUAGAUACCACAUACACUUAUUAAAAAGAAGCUUUCAUUAGGCUGUAAAUGCUGAUAUACCACACUUUUCACUCACCUGUUGGUUUUAGCUAGUGUUGCCCUUUAUUUGUGUAGCCAGGAGGGGGCAGUGUUGUCUGCUGCUUCUAACUGGCUAGAUACUGUUCAUUAAGGGCAUUGUCAUCAUAAAACAUACAGGCUUGUGAUUGAAACGCAGUGUGAGUAGAGCACAUUAACAUGACGUCGAUGUAUCAGAAGUUAUAGUUAUGCCUGCUAGAUUUGUUGUUGUACGUAAAAUCAGGUAAAUAGAAAUUAGGUUACAAAUAUGAUUUUUAGAUGAUCCAGUUUUUAAACAAGCCAGAAACUAGAUGGGCCCCAAAACCGGGAUGCAGAGGUGUGCCAGCAACCAGGAUGAUUGGCAUCUACUGGUUCAUGUCCUCAACUAGCUCAAGUAGAAGUAAUACUGACCGUUCUUCAGUGAGUCAGCGGAGUCAUAUCAUUCAUCGUCAGUGGAAACGCUCUGUGAUGACAGAAGAGUCCUGGCUGUCUGGAUUUCAGCGGUUUAUGAUCUCACUCAAACAUUUGGAUCAAAAACAAUAGAGCAAAACAAUAAGGAUUUAACUGACAGAUUAAGAUUUUUUUUAAUGAUUUAAUAAGGUGUUAACUAUCUUGUGGACAUCAAAACUAUAUCAAAGAAUGUUGUAUGCAGGGGCACUUUUAGAAACAUAACCAAUAAAACCCAAAAGGAUGUUCCUAUCAUUUUAAGUCCCAGACAAAUAAAAUAAGGAAUGACUGACGCAGGGGUUUUUGUUUUUAUUCUCUAAGCGAAAUGACGUGUCAGGAUAAUAGUUUUAGUCUGGUCCAGCAAACUGAACUGUUUAAUCAGUUAACUUCAUACUUCUGCCAUGGCUUUGCUACAGACUCAUUAUGCUUAUUUCUCUGUGAUGUAAAGCUGCAACCUUGGGGUUUUGUUGUUAUGAAACUGUACAGAAAACGUUUGUUAAAUAAAUGUCACUUUUAAUGCGUC